AUGGUAAGUAAAUCUAUCACAGGGUAUAAUGGUGGAAGUGUUGUUGCAAUGGUCGGAAAGAACUGUGUUGCCAUUGCGUCUGAUAAAUUUCUUGGUGUUCAAUUAAUGACAAUAUCAACUGAAUUUCCAAAAAUCUUUCAAGCAACAGAUAAAUGUUAUGUUGGACUUCCUGGAUUGGCCACUGAUGUUCAAACCUUAUCUGAAAGAUUCCGUUUCAAGAUUAAUAUGUAUAAAUUACGUGAAGAACGUGAUAUUGAACCAAAAACACUUGCACACUUGGUAUCAUCAACAUUGUAUGAAAAAAGAUUUGGACCAUACUUUGUAGAACCAAUUGUUGCGGGAAUUGAUAAACACAAUCAACCAUAUAUUUGUGAAAUGGAUUUAAUAGGUUGUAUUGGUAAUGCUACAGAUUUUGUUGUUGGUGGUACAUCUGCUGAAAACUUGUAUGGAAUUUGUGAAGCAUUGUGGGAACCCGAUCUGCCUGACGAUUUAUUUGAAACAAUUUCACAAGCGUUAAUGAAUGCUAUUGAUAGAGAUUGUAAAAGUGGUUGGGGUGCAUUUGUUCAUGUUAUAACACCUGAAAAAGUUAUAACUCGUACACUUAAGACUCGUAUGUCUAUCACAGGGUAUAAUGGUGGAAGUGUUGUUGCAAUGGUCGGAAAGAACUGUGUUGCCAUUGCGUCUGAUAAAUUUCUUGGUGUUCAAUUAAUGACAAUAUCAACUGAAUUUCCAAAAAUCUUUCAAGCAACAGAUAAAUGUUAUGUUGGACUUCCUGGAUUGGCCACUGAUGUUCAAACCUUAUCUGAAAGAUUCCGUUUCAAGAUUAAUAUGUAUAAAUUACGUGAAGAACGUGAUAUUGAACCAAAAACACUUGCACACUUGGUAUCAUCAACAUUGUAUGAAAAAAGAUUUGGACCAUACUUUGUAGAACCAAUUGUUGCGGGAAUUGAUAAACACAAUCAACCAUAUAUUUGUGAAAUGGAUUUAAUAGGUUGUAUUGGUAAUGCUACAGAUUUUGUUGUUGGUGGUACAUCUGCUGAAAACUUGUAUGGAAUUUGUGAAGCAUUGUGGGAACCCGAUCUGCCUGACGAUUUAUUUGAAACAAUUUCACAAGCGUUAAUGAAUGCUAUUGAUAGAGAUUGUAAAAGUGGUUGGGGUGCAUUUGUUCAUGUUAUAACACCUGAAAAAGUUAUAACUCGUACACUUAAGACUCGUAUGGAUUAA